UCCUGGGGGUGGGUGGGGGAGCGUGCCUCUAGGGCGGGCAGCGCAGGCCGCGACCCCACGGUGGGCCCCGCACACGUCGUCUGCUCAAGUCCCCGAGCUCCGCCUGCGGCCCGGGAGCCGAAGGCCCACGAGAACUCAGACGGCCCGGUCUGCGAAGUCAGGAAAACGAAACAGCCAAUGGGCGGAGACGGACUGGGGACAGUGGCGCUGCUGUAGUUGGAAGGAAGGCUCUUUGAGUGACAUUUGGGUUCAGUUCUAAGUUCAAAGGGCAAGCAAAAAUCUAGGCGGGUACGCGUUCUAGACCGGAAGCAAGUGCGUGAACCCCUGCCCUUGGUGCUGGCGGAACUGGAGAAGCCGGCGCAGCGAGAGCGCAGUGAACGCCCGGGAGAGUGCGAUGAAGUCGGCCUGGGCGCGGGCGCCGGGGCUGGUCGCCUGAAGUUACAGCUAGAAGGACCUGGGGCCAACAGUGCUGCGCCCAGAAGAUGCUCCGAGGAACCAGCAGGCUACUCUGGCAUUCUACAACUCCUUGCAACGGCGCGAGGUCGGAGGCGGCGGGCUCGCCCUGUUCGGGAGGGCCCUCGACACGCGGGUCCCCCCGGACCCCAGUGGUGCCGCCCGGGGCGCGCGGCCUUGGAGCGCUCUCGGGCCCCGACGCCGGGCUCUCGCCGGACCCAGUCUGCGCUGACACCCGCGACCCCAGGAUGCCAGAGUCGGGGGACUCCGGGCAGGACCUCACGCGAUGGAAGAAGAAGAAGCAGCCGGUGCGCCGCACGGUCAGCCAGAUCUGCCCGCCCCCGCGGCGGCCCCUGACGGUGGCCGACAUCCGGCCGGGCAUGGAGAACGAGAGGCUGGGCGUCGUGCGGGACUCCAUGCUCCAAAAUCCGCUCAUCGUCAAGGCCGAGCUCGGCAAGCCCCGGGAGAGAAGCUGCAGCUUGCCUGGUGUCAACUUCAAUUACGGACUCUACACCCGGGGGCUGGACGGAGGGGUCCCCGAAGCCAUCGGACACUGGAACGUGUUUAAGCAGCAGCCCACCUGCCCCCACGAGCUGACCCGGAAUUACAUCGCCAUGAACUGUGGGGCUGUGAGAGCCGGCCUGGUGACCGCCCGCGAGAACCUCCUAUACCGCCGGCUCAACGACAUCCGCAUCGGUGACCAGGAUGACCGGCGCCCGAGGAAGGAGCCGCCCGCCCUCCCUCCCAACACCACCUUCGGGGUCCGGGCCCGGCCUUCGACCCCUUUCUUCGACCUGCUGCAGCACCGGUACCAGCAGCUGUGGGUACAGGAACAAAAGGCCACCCAGAAAGCCAUCAAACUGGAGAAGAAGCAGAAGGUGAUCCUCGGGAAGCUGUACGAGACCCGGAGCAGUCAGCUGAGGAAGUACAAGCCGCCCGUGAAGCUGACUGCCCUCUGGCACAUGCCGCACUUCCAGAAGGUGGGCUCCCAACUGGACACGUUCCCCACUGAGGCCGAUCGCCAGAGAGCAUUCAAAGCCCUUGUACGCCAGGGGACUCUGCGGAUGGGCAACUACACCCACCCCUAGGCCCUCUCCUGCCAUGAGAAGCCUUCCCGAUGUGGUAGAAAAUCCCCCGAAGGAUUUGCCCUUCUCGCUCCCGUUCCCCUAGGACACUCCCCACUUUUCUGCAGGUUCUGCUGCUGCAAGGACCUCAGAUUCAGUCUCGGGUUAAUUAUUUUGGUAAGCGUCCCCCCUUUUAGGGUAACCAAUACUAGUCUUCUCUUUGCCCCAGUGACCAUCACUGAGGGCUCCUCCUCCCCCUCCCGGGGCAAGAUGACCCUGUCUCUUUUUUCAAGCCCUCACCUGACAAGACAAACUCAAAUUACAAGGCAGUUUUUCAGACUCCAGGCUAAGGGUCGAUUUCAUGGCUCUGCCCAUUAGGUGUUAAGAACAACCCGUGUGUUUUCUGCAGAAAGCGAGACAGUGACGUGCUUUGAAAGCCCUCAUUUUCUGUUCCAAACAUGAGUUCUAAUUGCUCUUUUUGGGAUGCCUGAUGUCUUGCCAUGGCAGCGGUAUCUCUCGGGGACCCCUGACAGCAGGGAAAAGCAAAGGUUCAUUACUCAGGGCCUGCCCCUUUAGUGCAGGGGCCCUGUCAAUUAAGGCAGGCCUAGGUGGACUUCUUCCCAAGGCCGACUUGAGAACAUCAACCCCUCCCAAAGGAGAGGGCCUUCCGCGAGGGAAGGUGCACAGGCGGCGGGACUUCUCAGCCAGACUCCCGGGCACUUCUGAGCUCUCUCUGCAUGCACUUUGGCUUCUCCCCACAUGUUAUAUGCUAUUUUCAGUUAAAAUGCUGCUUAUCA